AUGGCCCUGGACUGAGCGAACAGGCACGGAGCGAGGCUGGGCUGGAGCCUGGAGGGGUCUCAGGAUCCAGAAGGAGCACCCCGGCCGUGCCACCUGCGAUGCUGGGAGCCAGGGACAUCUGAACCCACCUCAGAUGGCUGCCUGCAGCCUGGCACCGGCACUGUGGCUCCUGCUGCUUCUCCAGGACAUCCAGACAUCCCUGCAGAUAUCAUUAACCUGUGACACACGUGGGAAUUGGUUCUAUGAUGAAACUUCACGAAGCUGCUGUUACCAGUGUCCCUCAGGCUCUGUUAACAAGAAACCUUGUCCUCAGGACCCAUCUGCAGACUGCAUGAGGUGUGGGCCUGGGCAAUAUGUCAACACAGAAGCCCUGAGGCCACGAUGUGAUGCCUGUGUCUUAUGCAGAAAAGAGUCGGACCUCGUGGAGAAGGAGCCCUGCUCCUUCACCUCCGGCCGCGUGUGCGAGUGCAGGCCAGGCCUGUUCUGCCGGUUGUCCAGCCCCUACACCUGCCUGCGGUGCCAGCCCCACACCCCCUGCCAGCCCGGCUUCGGGGUCCAAGUCAGAGGCAACUCAACACAUGAUGUCACUUGUGGGGAGUGCCCUGCUGGGACCUUCUCUGACCAAAGCUCCAGCACUGACAUCUGCAGGCCCCACACGGACUGUGCCAAGUUAAACAAGGUGGCACUGAGCGAAGGAAAUGCCACGCACGAUCAGGUUUGCCUGGACCAGUCGCCCACCUACCUCACCCAAAGCACUUUGCCCACGAGAUUCAGCAAUGAAACAAAUCACUCUGACCUGAGGAGGCUUGAGGAGAGCCUGGUGACCACUGCUAGUGGAGAUCUUCGAAGUGCCACGACGACUGAAAACCCCAGUUCAACUCCUGAGGAGAAAGCUCUGGCUAGCACUUUUCCCACCUCAGCCAAGGGGGAGAUGACAAUGGGAGGUGUGGUGCUCUGGGCAGUGGUGCUCUGUGUGAUUGUGCUCCUCGGGGCCGUGCUGUUCUUCUGGAAAUGGAAGGUUUGCAAGAAGCGGAUCCUCGUCCUCAAAGGAAAGCCCCAUCUGCAUUCUGUCAUCGCACACAAAUACGGCCUCAAAUCGCCAGGUCCUGACCUAGGGGACAGAUGUGCAAAGAUCCUCCUGAGCCCUGAGAGUGGGCCAGAAGAGAAGGAGUUAAUUGACAGAACCCUCCCUUUGGAAACCAACAAUAACUUGGUCUCCAGCACAGAAAAAGCACAGAGUCCCCAUCGGGGUGUGGCUGAGGUGACACCCAGCAGUGGGAAUGGCCCAGAUUGUCCUGUGGAUUCUCGAGUCAGAGACCACACAAACAAUAGAAUUGAAAAGCUCUACAUCAUGAAGGCCGACACUGUUAUCGUGGGCUCCAUUGCAGAAGUGCCCGGUGGCAAGAACUGCCCUGCCAGAGGAUGUGACAGUAACACUGACACCCAGGAAACCAUGGAAGAGGAACUGGCAAUGCACUACCCAGAGCAGGAAACAGAGUCCUUUCCAGGGAAUGAUGUCAUGGUUCCUGUGGAAGAGGAGGGAAAGGAGUUUCACCACCCCACCACUGCCACAGAGAAAUGACAAGCCGUGCAGAUGAGGAGCUGCAGGGACAUCCAGCGCUACACUAAGUCUGAUUCUGUGACGAGGGAGGUAAACACACAGUGCCUUGGGUCAUUGGUAAACCCCUGGAAAACACCAAAAACACACUCAAACAAGGAGAGCUAGAACCCCUUUCAUUUACCAAAUGACAGGAUCAUCCAAAUCGUUGGCCUUCACAGCUGACAUCAAAUAUUCCUCUUUCCCCUCUCUCUCCCCAUGUUAUGCUGGAAACAAAUCUGAAUCAAAGCUACACAAUUUACAAGACAUCUGGAUAUCAGCUGAAGUUUCACAGCUUGCUUUCUCUGCAUGAAGGAAUGGAUUGAAAUCUAUGUCUGGUUACUUCUGUUAGCUGGGAAAAUUCUGGCCAGGAUUCCGAGUCAAGCUUGAGAUUCAGCCAUGGAAGUUGUUGAUUAGGUUGUUUCACUUUCAGUACUUCCAGUUUUGUCACAUAUUUUGCAACAUCUGGCGUUUUCUUAAGGCCUCAACUCUUGACUGAAAGUGAUGACAGCUUCAGUUUUCCCUAGCACAACCAACUCUCAGGAUUGUGGACUUGUUUCUUGAGGCAAUGGGAUCAAAAGGUGCCACAGAGGCUCUGAAAACAGAAGGCAAAUAAAACUAAUUGAAGUCCACUGCACUUCAGGGCAUUCUUUCUAGGUUUUGAAGUCUGAUUCAUGUUUUUUGACUACUUCAAAUCACCACUAAGUGUAUGAAAUGGCCUCUUCUGAUGGAAACUGGUUAUUGGAUGAACUAUGGGCUUAAUCCAGUGAGGAGCCUGCAAAAAGGGAAGCGAAGAAAAGAAACUAUUUUUCUGCAGAAAGAAAAGACUGAAAAAGAGGCACAGCAAUUAUUUCCUAUAAAAUUAUUAAUAUCUACUUGGUUUAAAAUUGCUCAUCAUCAUCAGGGUGAUGGUGGUUUGCAUAUGCUUUAAAAACAAAGCUGUUUUGUGGUCGACUGGCUUGUGUUAUGCUAUUUUUCAGUCUUUCUUGCUGCUUGUUCAGUAACUGUAAAUGUAAUAGUGCUGCCUACACUUUUGCAGAGGACAAUGGAAAAUGAGCAAGAUGACAAAGUGUCUCUUAAUAGUCAAAAAAAAAGGAACCACAAAAACCAUUGCUUGCUUUGUAGUUUUGCCCUGGGUGAAGUACUGUAAAAACAGCUGUGCAGCUGCAGUGACUUAUCUUAGAAUACACAGAAGGAACAUAAGGGCAUAAAAACACCUUCUUGGGCCAGUCUAGGAGUGUGAGCCCAACAUUUUAUCUCUGGCAGUUGCAGUCAGGGGUGUCAGUUAGGAAGAGCACAUCAGCCUGGCUAAUAUCUGCUGUCUGCACUCCUCACCGUUCUGCAGCAGCAGCUGGGAUUGGAUCAGGAUGUCCAGGGGUUUUUCUGAGCCCUUACUCUUUGUUCAUAUU